GCUUUUCUUUCUAAACUCUUUUUUAGUGUUCUGUGCUCGUAACUACAACUUGAUCUCCAAGCUUUUCUUUUCCCGUUUAGAAAAAGCACUUUUUUCCCCAAACUUCCGGCAGCGUUUUAGAUGGAUUUAGUUGGCCAUGAAUCACAUACCUCGAAUUUUCGGUCAUAGAAAGCAAGAUAAGGGCAUGGACCCGAAGAAGACCCGAAGAAAACAACCGAAGCUCGAGCGUCGCAAUGCCGUAAAGUACUCCAACUACGACGCCGGAGCUUUGCCGUCGUCGUCGUCGAUGGACUCCUCCGGUUCCGCCUCCGCCGCGCCGCUCUACACCCGAUCCAUGGAUUUCUACGACCGGACUAGCUUCCGAAUCGAAGGAGUCGAGGGGGAAUUCGACCGGAUUUGCCGGAGCCUUGGGCUCUCCGGGCCGGAGGAUUUCUCCAUCCCGGCGGCGGCGUGGGAGGCCAUGAAGGUUCGGUCUUCGUCGGAUAUUUUGCCGAGGCUUAAGCUCAACGAUUUGGAUGAAGCACGUGAGAAAGAGGAAAUAGGAGUAGCAGAGUGUGAAGAUAAGGUUCCGACGGUUAGGGUUUUUGAUGAGUGUACCGUUCCUGAGACCAGUGGUUGCUGCACCGCCGGCAGCGGCGGCUGCGGCGGCGGUAUCAAGGGGGUUCGGCCUCCGAUGCUUAAGCCGCCUCCGGGGAUUAGGGUUUCGGUCGUCGAUAACACGUGCUCCACGUGGGACCUUUUGAGGGAUUUUGCUCCGGGAGGGGAAGGAGGAAAGGAAAAUUACGGGGUGUUGAGUGCUUCAGAUGAUGAUGAUGAUGAUCGUGAAGAGAAGGAAAAAAAAGGAGAAGAAGAAGAAGAAGAAGAAGGGGGAGUUGGUGGGGUUAGAUUGAAGAGAGAAGAGGAGGAAAAUGCAGCAAGGAUUGCGGAUAUUGUUAGUGAUCUUUCGGGUUUCACUACGUCAAACGAAGAUGAUUCCUCAAGCACUACCACGGAUCCUAGGUCCAAUAAUAUAUCUCCUAACACGAGAAUCAAGCGUAUUAUUACCCCCGGCAGCUGGCAAAAGGGUGAGCUUUUGGGGCGUGGUUCCUUUGGCUCUGUUUAUGAAGGAAUUUCUGAAGAUGGAAACUUUUUUGCUGUAAAAGAAGUUUCGCUGCUUGAUCAAGGGAGUCAGGGAAAGCAAAGUAUCUAUCAACUGGAGCAGGAGAUUGAGCUCUUGAGUCAGUUUGAACAUGAGAAUAUAGUUAAAUACAUUGGGACUGAAAUGGAUGAAUCAAACCUGUAUAUCUUUCUUGAGCUUGUAACCAAAGGUUCCCUUGCAAACCUCUACCGGCAGUAUAAACUUCGAGAUUCCCAAGUAUCCUCCUAUACAAGACAGAUUUUGCAUGGUCUAAAGUAUCUUCAUGAUCGAAAUAUUGUUCACAGGGAUAUUAAAUGUGCAAAUAUUUUGGUGGAUGCCAAUGGAUAUGUCAAGCUUGCAGAUUUUGGAUUGGCAAAGGCGAUCAAAUUGAAUGAUGUUAAAUCUUGCAAGGGAACUGCAUUCUGGAUGGCCCCGGAGGUUGUAAAAGGAAAGAAUAAAGGUUAUGGGCUUCCAGCUGAUAUAUGGAGUCUGGGAUGCACUGUAUUGGAGAUGUUAACAGGCAAAAUUCCGUACUCUCAUUUGGAAUGCAUGCAGGCGUUGUUUAGAAUUGGAAAAGGUGAACCACCUCCUGUGCCUGAUUCUCUUUCGAUAGAUGCUCGAGAUUUCAUCCUGCAAUGUCUAAAAGUUAAUCCAGAAGAUCGUCCCACUGCUGCUCAACUCUUAAACCAUACAUUUGUCCAAAGGCCACUUUCCCAGUCUUCUGGCUUUGCAUCUCCUUAUAUUCCCAGAAGAAGGGGCUAAACUUGUCAUCGCCAACUAUGAAACAUAAUGAAGAUCUGUUGUUCAUUGGAUUUAAAGUAUCUCCAAUGUUCAGUCUUCAAGUUGCUGGAGUUGGUCUGUUGUAGCAAUUGUUGGUCGUGUUGAAGCCUGUAUUUCAGAGUCAAACCCUUUCUUUCAAUUUUGCUUGCUUGUAACUUAUUCAAUUUUUUAAGCACUGCUUUGGAUCUAACAAUUGAUAUGGCACUACAGUGAACUAAGUUAUACACUAGGCUUGAAUAUCAUAUCUGAGAAUUAUGGUCGAGGUGUUAUCUAAUUACUCAAUGAUGAUGUGUCUGUGGUAGCAAGCUAAAUUAUCAACGUCAAGCUGCCAAAGGUUGCCCUGGUUAACCAUUGAAAGAAUUUAUAGGCUAAACCUCUGGGAACUGUCGUAGUAAGAGUUGGAUACCUUGGUAUUUGUACAUAUUACUUUCAUUAGUAAGCAAUUUUUGUGUACAUACUCCCUGAACUUUUUUAUUUUAUUUUAUUUUAUAUUUGCUUC